AUGCUCGUAAGCCCAUCUAAGGUGUCGACGAAGCGUGUGGAUUCUUCGGCUAAAAUUGGAGGGACAGUUGUGUUCGGUACUGGUCCCAGAAUUAAUGUAUUGGAGAGAUCAGAACUGGUUUCUAACGAGAUGGAGAUAAUGGUGUCAAAUUUGGAGACAAUGCGCAAGAAAGCGGCCAAACAACACGCUCUGCUGAAGGCACAGUUAGAGGAAAUUGACGUCCGAGUGGACCAUAUCCAGAAGUCAAGUGAAACGUUCCACCAAGAAGUUAUCGUCAGCGGUUGGGACAACAUAGCCCAGAGAAUCCCCGCCGAAAUUUGGAUCAGAUACAUGAACGAGUGGGUCAAAAUAACCGAUAGCAAAAUCGGUAAACUGAGACUCAGAACCAGCACUUUGAAUACUCAGUACAGUAAAUUAAAAGGUCAGAUCAAGAUGAAAGCGGAACUGAGCGAAAGCCUCAGACCUGUCGACUUUGAAAAAAUCAAAAUCGAGAACAAUGAGUGUUUGGCGGUUAUAGAUAAAAAGCUGCAACAGUUGGCGGAGUUGAAAAAAAUGACGGGUGAUGCAAAUUUGACUCUGAGCAUACACAAAAAAGCGCUAAUGGAGCAAAACAUCUAUUUAACGGGAAUAAUCAACGAUGUUAAAAGCAAACAGAAACAGACCGUCAGUUUGAACAAAGAAACGGAAGUGAUUCAAGUGCAAGCGAAUAAUUUAGAAGUGAAAUUGGAGGAUAUAAGAAAAUUGCGAAUGGACUACGAAGUUCCCGACAUAAUGGAUUAUGUAUAUGUGAAGGCAGAGGUAACCGAUUUAAAGAACAGCGUGAAACUGCUACAGAACAGACUGCGUAUAUUACAAAUCGCACUGUCGUCACAACAUAAGAAAAUGAAUAUUAUGACUAUGGAUGCC